UUUACCAUUACUAAACAAGGGGUGCUUUAGUGCUGCCCUGUGGCAGACCGGCUCUUUCUGUCCUGCUAGGUCACCCUACACCUUCUCCCUUGUAUCUCUUCACUGUCUUUAUCCCUUCACACAUGGUGAAUAUUGAGCCAUGUCACCCGUCGAUGAACUACUACAAAAUAUCAAGGAGAGACUGCUGCAAGUUGACGACAGGAUUCUUGACGGUCAAGUAGCUAUACCGCAUAAUCGAGCAUGGUCCUUUGGGGUGAUAUACGAGGGAACCUACAACACGGAAAAGGUUUGCAUCAAGGCUUUCAGAUAUAUCGAUCGUGAUCCUGUCAGCGAAUUUAUUCACCGACUGGUCCGCGAGAUGAGGGUGUGGCGCCAAUUGACGAAUACACAUAUAGUCAAGCUUCAUGGAUGGAUAUCAUACCUUGAAAGCACGGAAGAUCUAUGUCCGGGCUUGGUGUCAAACUGGUGCGACGAAGGGAAUGUCAAAUCUUAUCUGCGGCGCCGUCAGGACGCUGAUCGCCAAGCCUUGAUCUGCGGGAUUGCUCAUGGCUUAGCAUAUCUCCAUUCCCGGGAGAUAGUGCAUGGCGAUAUCAAACCCCAAAAUGUUGUCGUGAGCAGUGAGAAAACGCCGCAGUUAUGCGAUUUUGGUCUUUCAUUCAUUAUUUCGGACAAAUCUACAUAUAUCGACGCCACAAGCAUGGGUCAGUUUGGGACUUGGCGAUACUUAGCACCUGAAGUGUGCAUGGCCGAAGAACCCUUCCGCAACAUGAAGAGUGACGUCUGGGCAUUCGGAUGCACAGCCAUGGAGGUACGAUUAUUCCAACGCAUUUUCGGCUCUGGGAGCUGAGCACUGUGCUCAGAUACUUCGCGGUGUGCGGCCAUAUCCUACCGUUGAGAACGAUGCCCUUAUAUGGGCCAUCGGGACUGCA